AUGAGGAAAAACAACGGAGGCCGAGGACAAGGACCCGGGACCGGCCGUCCUCAGGAGGACCCGGGACCACGUGUCCUCAGGAGGACCCGGAACCGCCUGUCUCCUGGAGGACCCGGGACCGGCCGUCCUCAGGAGGACCCGGGACCGCGUGUCCUCAGGAGGACCCGGAACCGCCUGUCUCCUGAGGACCCGGAACCGCCUGUCUCCUGGAGGACCCGGGACCGCGUGUCCUCAGGAGGACCCGGGACUGCCCGGGACCGGCCGUCUCCUGGAGGACCCGGGACCACGUGUCCUCAGGAGGACCCGGAACCGCCUGUCUCCUGGAGGACCCGGGACCGGCCGUCCUCAGGAGGACCCGGGACCGCGUGUCCUCAGGAGGACCCGGAACCGCCUGUCUCCUGUAGGACCCGGGACCGCGUGUCCUCAGGAGGACCCGGGACCACGUGUCCUCAGGAGGACCCGGAACCGCCUGUCUCCUGGAGGACCCGGGACCGCGUGUCCUCAGGAGGACCCGGGACCGCCCAGGACCGGCCGUCUCCUGGAGGACCCGGGACCACGUGUCCUCAGGAGGACCCGGGACCGCCCGUCUCCUGA